AACGUCCUGAACGGUGAAGAUUGAACGCCAACUUUAAAUUGGAUGAUGACCAAAGUCGUGAUUAGAAACUAGAGACAUGUAUUCGACUAGAGCAACCUGAAUGCAUCUGGACCAAAAGAGAAGAAGAAAGAUUGUUGGGAAAGAAAUGUGCAUGCUUCGAGGAUGGGAGAAGAGCCGCUGCGGACAGACUCAUUCCGCUGACGUCGAAGAAGGGAGAAGAUUGACGUGCGCUGGAGUUGUGCCUGACUGGGUUAGAGAAGAAACACAAGGAAUGAGGUACUGCCAGAGAUGCAUAUUGACCGAAUAUCUACCGACUAAGUAGGUUGAGGUGAUGAUAUGAUCUAAAUUCAGGAAGCGGUGGUGAUGGAUCCGGAGAUGAAUGGAGGAGUAUGGCAGGUCAUUAUUGGAGGAACAAGUGGGAGUGAGGCCACCGUCUCCGGAUAAAUCACUGGCGACGGCGUCGGAGGAAGCAGAAUGUAUUAGGUCACCAAGAGCGAAGGCUCCGAUACCAUGUAAAAAUAAUAAAGAAUGCUUUAUUGA